GUGCAUCUAGAUUUCUGCACAAACAAUUACCUAUACAAUUAUACUUUUGAUAGUAUUUUUUAAUUUAUUUCUAAUGGUAAAGUCGUAUUUGGACAUCGGGAGCCGCAAUAAUCAUGUGAAAGCGGAUAUAAUUAUAGUGGGAUGUAGCCUCCCUGGUAUCGUCACCGCACACAAGUUGAAGAAGAAGUUCGGUGACUCCAUGGAUAUCGUAGUUCUUGAUUUAGCUGGCACCAGAAAGGGCAGCUCAAAAUGUAACGUAGCAUUCCAAGACGACACCGAAGAAGAAACUAAGGAGUUCAUCUAUGAAGGAACAGCCAAGGAAAUUAUUGACAAUGUAGCGAGAUACUACCUCGCCAUGUACUCUAAAGAAUUCAAUAUUCCACUACCAGAUGCUCUCGUCUCACCAGAUUUUGUAGACACAAAUUUAAACAAACUCGUCGAAUGUAGCAACGGUAAUGUGGUCGCGUGUGCUAAGAAUUUCUGUGACUUCGAUUACCUGAACUUUCUAGAGAGGUUUGAAUUAAAUCAGUAUCAAACUCUGCUUGAUCAGAACAUGAAGAACCUCUUCCACGCGAACAAAUUUGACGACGAAUCCGAGAGACGGACAUUAUUUUACUACGAUCAUACGACGAUGGAAGAGCAUCUGUGUGAGGCGUUGAUUUUUAACGCAUCAAGAGAUAUAAUGAGAAUUACUGUUAGACUGGUCUGUGGCACUACAGCUGAUGCGGUAUCGGUACUGUUUUAUUUACACCAAUGUUACAGAACCAGUAGUGCUAGAAAUCACAUAGAUGGAGACAACACAAGAUUGCGUGAAAAGCUCUUAGGUUUUUGCAGAAAACGACUAACCAGCAAACUGCAACAAAGCGUCGCUAGUAUAACAUAUCCUGCCAAAACAAUUAAAGAAAUUCGUACACAUUCAGACGAGGAAGUAAUUUUGAAAAUUAGUAAAAUUAAAGGUGAAAUGAGUUACACUUGUAAUUUACUGGCAAUGGCAUUGCGACCAGAUGAAUUGAAAAAUAUAAAAAUGGGCUCUGAAUUAGUGUCAGAUUGUGAAAUUCAAAUGGCAUCAUCCAUGAAGCAAGGAAAGGCCAGAAAAUUCGUUAUCCAAUACGAAGAACAUUUCUGGAGAGAAUACGGUUUCAGUGGCGAUAUAUUAAGUCUGCGUGGACCCAUUAUUUGGGCAACAGAACGACCGAAAAUGUCCACUAAUGGUAGCCAGGAGAAAUACGCAGCAUUGGUCGGUUAUCUAAAAGUUACAGAUGGUUCUGAGAAUUCUAAAGACGCGGUGAUCGCACAGCUUAUUCGGCUAUUUGGUGAUGAAGCAGCUAGUGUGGUCAAUUACAAAGAAACAGAUAUAGAGGAUGUUUUCGUUCCUCGAUGUGGUGAUUAUGUAGCGAUAAGGACGUUGACGAAUAAACUGAGUUCCAGAUUCUUGGAAUGGGGAGCCUUGGACAUUUUCGCUGAAGGAGAUGUAGCAGCAGCGCUCGAAGCUGGUCACACAGCGUACUUACAUUUGCUGAGAUGCUUGCGUCCUCAAGCACAAACUUAUGAAGACGUCAGUAUUGCUGAAUGGCCAACGCUGUUCACAGAAAAUGUCGUUACUAAAUGGCUUGCUGGAUUCAACCUUCGUACUAGCGUUCGCGUGACUUUUUACACGACUGUCUUCUUCUUAGGUUUACGUAUGGUGCAUUCGUUUAUGCGAAAGUAA